AUGGACCCGGACGCGGAGUUCAACCUGCUGACAACACUAUAUCAGAGUGUUGUCCAUGACAUGAAACAAACGUAUCCGGGAUGGGAAUCACUCAGUCAGAAAGCACAAAAACUGGGGACACAUCUCCGAGCGACCGCUCAAUGUCUCUCUUCGUUCACUGAGGCGAUGCAGCAAGUUUCUGAUAAUGCUAAUAAUUUGAAAGGAGCCUCGCGAGACGUUGGUGCCUGUGUGACACGUGUCUGUAUCAAACAACGUGCAAUCGAGAGUCGAAUGAGAUCAUGGGCCGAUGCGUUGUGUGAAGAAUUGGCGAUAAGUCUACAACAACGUGGAAAUUACUGGAAAUCUCGGUGUCUGGAAAUGGAUAAACACGCGGGAAAACACGUCAAAAAGGUCCGCUCGAGGAAACAACGCCCUGAUGUGACAGCGAUGAGUGAGCAACGAGAGAUCUGCUCGAAAGUGCUCACCGAGCAACGCACUCAAUUCUCAUUUUUCAUUGGAACCCUAAUGCCAGUACUAAAUGCUCAAAUGUCUAUGCUCGACGAGGCGACUCAUUUGAGACAAGUCGUCGAGAAUCUCGAGAGUACUGUCAAACACGUGGAUACCGAGAGUCUCGUCGCGUCGAUAGUGGGGGAUAUAGCACAGGGACCCGAUUCGGCGUGGAAACAAUGCUUGGCUCAAGCGGGGAGCAAGUGGCGGGGGAGUUGUGAAGAGGGGGAGUGGGGAUCAAUUAGAGAUGUGUCGACACGCGCCACCACACCGGCGAGUAAUUUCUCGUCGGAAGACGGGCGGCGCCAUCAGAAUAUCCUGACGAAACCACCGUUACAACGAAGAAAUAGUGAGAAAAGUAUUGGACACUUUUCCAUGUCAUCACCUAAUACCGACGGAUCCACUAAUUAUUUGAAUCUUUUGGGGGGAAACGGGGGAUCCUCGUCUAACACGAUCACUGAAAUGGCGGUACAGUACCCCCAGCCAACACGGCCGAUUAGUAAUGGAGUACACUCGAACCCCCCGCCCGCCUAUCAACAAUAUAUCAGUCAGAGGAACGGAGGUGCCAUGCAGCGACCGCAGAAUUUAUCGUUUGAGAGUAGUUUUAACACAUCUGCCUCGAUCGGCACAACACCUACAGUAUACCAUCCGGCAACACCCGCCACGUCAUCAGGACCAGCAGAAAUGUCAUCAGGAAGUUCCGGGACGACGUCAACGAGUGGGGCCUUUCUGAUAUCAGAAGCGUGUCGAGAUAUCGAUCAACUCGGUCAUUUGAGUGAUCUCGAGAACUACGGUACCGCCCAUGACACGACGAGAUAUUUCAUUCACGAGAAUCCGAAGAAGAAUCAGAAGACGUCACCACAGAGCCACGUGGCUUCAAUGAUUCAGAGACGGGCGUCUCAAAGCAGCGAUUAUCAACACGGGGGUACUGUAGGCUCUAUGGUAGAUCAAACGACGAAACGAGCGUCGAUUUCCACGUUGGGAAGCACUCACUCGAAUUAUGCACCUAUUCAGACACAGAAUAUGAUGAAUCAACCGGUUCGAAUGAGGACUACAUCGGCCUCUCGUCCACCUCCACCAGCGCGCCGUUCAUCCCAAAUCACGGCGGCCACGCCCACCGCCCCAUCAGUGGCCGAACAACGAAUGAAUGGAUCAAUGGGAAGUCGACAGUCACUUGACUCGGCUGGAUUAUAUGAAUCAAAUGGAAUUCCACUUCCCCAUCAUCCACAACAAUUCUAUCAAAUGUCUUCAUUCAAUCGACCGAAUGGCGCUACAGUAACCCACAACUCAGCCGCCGCCGCGAAAUUUCGAAUUUAA